ACCAGGCAGCCGGCCCGUGGCUUUCCCUCUCAACUCCGAAACCGGGUGACUCGGGCGGGAAGCCGCGGCUCCGGCAUCGUUUCCAGAGGGCACUUUGGAGGGGCUGAGCAUCGCCAGGAAGCCGCCGCCGCCAAAACAGCCUCUUUCGGAGAAGCGUCCCGGGUUGAGAGCCUGAAGGAAGGAGGCUUCACUUAAGCUCUUGGGACAGAGAGCAGUCCUCAAGAGUGCUGUUUUUAAAAGACCUAUACUUUCAUUGGCAGGAAAGCCACAGGGGUUUAUUAAAGCACUUAGUGCUAUAACUCAUGAUGGGUUGCAAAAAAAAGUAAACAGAACUUUGCACCUUAAAAGUGGAUAUUGUAUAUACAGAAGAAUUCUUACUACCCUGCAAUAAUGGCCUCCUCAAGGCUAGCCGCAAGAACACCUCGGGAUAUUGCUGGUGUCAUGCAGAGACUCCAAGAUGAACAAGAGUCUGUGCAAAAGAGGACAUUCACAAAAUGGAUCAACACUCAUCUGGCCAAGCGUAAUCCCCCCAUGGUGGUGAAUGAUCUGUUUGAAGACAUCAAAGAUGGAAUAGUAUUGAUUGCCCUUUUGGAAGUUCUCUCAGGACAGAAGCUGCCAUGUGAACAGGGACGAAAACUGAAAAGAAUUCAUGGAGUCGCCAACAUUGGCACAGCCCUUAAGUUCUUAGAAGGACGGCGGAUUAAGCUUGUCAACAUUAAUUCAACUGAUAUUGCUGAUGGUAGACCUUCCAUUGUGCUUGGGUUGAUGUGGACUAUAAUUCUAUACUUUCAGAUUGAGGAACUUACAAGCAACCUUCCACAGCUGCAGUCACUCUCCAGUAGUACCUCAUCUGUGGACAGUGUCGUCAGUUCAGAGACUGCCAGUCCACCAUCCAAGAGGAAGGUGGUAACUAAAGUCCAUGGGAAUGCAAAGAAGGCUUUACUAAAAUGGGUGCAGUACACAGCAGCAAAGCAAGCUGGAAUUGAAGUCAGGGAUUUUGGACAAAGCUGGAGGAGUGGCAUUGCCUUUCAUUCAGUUAUUCAUGCUAUUCGUCCCGAACUAGUGGAUUUGGAGAGGGUGAAAACGAGAUCUAACAGGGAAAAUCUGGAAGAGGCUUUUAGAAUUGCAGAAUCUGAACUAGGAAUCCCAAGACUCCUUGAUCCUGAAGACGUGGAUGUGUCUAAGCCGGAUGAAAAAUCCGUGAUGACCUAUGUAGCCCAGUUCCUGAAACACUACCCAGAUCCUCAUAAUGCAGCAAAUGAUGCACAGGAGACAGAUGUACCACGUCAAGCAAUUUCAUCUUUUGCUAUUUCUAAACCUAAAUACAAGAAAGAAGACAGACUAAUGCUAAGAGAUUUGAAAAUUUGGGUAGAACAGUUUGAAAGAGAUUUGACAAGGGCACAAAUAAUGGAAGCAAGUUUGCAAGAGAAAUACCAGUCAUUUAAAUACUACAAAACUCAGUAUGAAGUAAAGAGGAAACAGAUUGAACUUGCAAUCCAGUCAUUAAGGAAGGAUGGAAAAUUGUCACUUGAUCAAGCUUUGGUAAAACAAGCUUGGGAUAGAGUAACUUCCCGGCUAUUUGAAUGGCACCUGCAUCUUGAUAAAUCUCUUCCUGCCCCUCUGGGCACAAUUGGAGCCUGGCUUCAUAGAGCAGAGACUUCUCUUAGAGAAGAAAUAAUUCUUCAACAAGCUCAUGAGGAAACGGCAGACAUGAUACAUAGGAAACUAGAGCAGCAGAAGGAUGUGCUUAAAAACGUAGAUAGCUACAAAAAGACAUUCCAGGAGAUUCAUAGAGCUCAAUCAGUCAAUGGAGUCCCUGUUCCAUCAGAGCAGCUAGAUGACAUGGCAGAGAGGUUUAAUUUUGUUGCCUCUACAUCUGAGCUCCAUCUGCUGAAAAUGGAAUUCUUAGAACUGAAGUAUCGUCUGUUAUCGCUUUUGGUCUUUGCUGAAUCAAAAUUAAAAUCAUGGAUUAUCAAAUAUGGAAGGAGAGAAUCUGUUGAACUACUUCUUCAAAAUUAUAUAACUGUUAUAGAAAACAACAAAUUCUUUGAGCAGUACGAAGUUACAUAUCAGAUCCUGAAAAAGGCAGCUGAGAUGUAUGCCAAAACGAAUGGCUCACCGGACGAAAUAGAGAGUGUUACAAGAUUCAUGAAUGAGACCACAACACAGUGGAGGCAUUUGUCAGUAGAGGUGAGAAGUGUGAAGAGCAUGUUAGAAGAAGUUAUUUCUAACUGGGACCGGUACAACAGUACUGUGGCCAGCCUUCAAGCCUGGUUGGAAGAUGCUGAAAAAAUGUUGAAUCAACCAGAGCAUGCCAAAAAGGAUUUUUUCCGGCAUUUACCACAAUGGAUACAACAGCAUACAGCUAUGAAUGAUGCUGGUAAUUUUCUGAUUGAAACAUGUGAUGAGACCAUUUCCAGAGAUUUGAAACAACAGCUGCUGUUGCUGAAUGGAAGAUGGAGAGAGUUAUUUAUGCAAGUUAAACAGUAUGCUCGGACUGAUGAGUUAGACAGAAUAAGGAAGGAGUAUUUGGAUGGUGUUGUCUCCUUGUCUGCCUUCAUUGAUGAAGCAAAGAAGAAAAUUCGUGUACCUUUAGAAGUGUCCUUUCUAAAUGUAAAAAUGUUUGUUCAAGAAAUGGAGGACAUUAAACAAAAAGUGCCUGUAAUGGAAUCUCAGUACAAGAUGGUUACAAGGACAGCACAACAUGUUACCAAGGAAGUUCCACAAGAGGAAGUCAAUGAAAUGCUUGCAACAAUGUCAAGAAUUAAAGGGCAACUCAGCAAGGUAAAUGAAUCAUGCCCAGUUGUUCUUUAUGAAUCUCAACAGCUGCUUCCACACCUGGAAGAAUUAGAGAAGCAAAUAACAAAUUUUUAUGAAUCUCUUGAAAAGAUCAAUGAAAUUAUUUCUGUAUUAAACCCUGAAACCCAGCCUGCUGACAUUUUUAAACAGCAACAUCAGGAUCUAGUAGCAUAUGAAGAAAAUUGCAAGAAAGCUUUGUCAUUGAUUGAGAGAAAUAGCCAAAACAUUGCAAAGUUUGUGAAUUCAAGUAAGGUGCUCCGUCAGUUCAGUGUUUCAGUGCUUCAGAAAAAAGUCACAGAAGUUCAAACUGCUUUUCAGAACAUGAUCAAGAAGACUGGUGACUGGAAGAAAAAUGUGGAAGCAAAUAAUCGUUUGAUGAAGAAAUUUGAAGCAUCUAAAACAGAAUUAGACAGUGUUCUGCAGAUUGCCAAUUCGUGUCUCAAAGAAAGAGGUGAUCCUGAAGAACUCCUUCGGAAACACUCUGAUUUUUUCAGUCAGUUGGAUCAGAGGGUGCUAAAUGCUUUCCUGAAAGCUUGUGAUGAACUUACUGACAUUCUUCCUGAGCAAAAACAGCACACACUUCAGGAAGCUGUUAGGAAACUGCAUAAGCAAUGGAAGGAUCUCCAGUCAGAAGCCCCAUACCAUUUGCUCCGUUUAAAAAUAGAAGUGGAAAAGAGCAAAUUCCUGGCAUCAAUGGAAGAAUGUCAUGCUGAACUAGCUCGCCAGCAAGACCUGAUGUCCAAGGAGAGCAGUGAAAAAAUAAUUAGAGAACAUAAGUUGUUCUUUGGUGAUAAAGGGCCUUUACAGCUAUGUGAGAAAAGAUUACACCUGAUUAAAGAAUUAUGCUUGAAACUACCAGAGUGGGAUCCACUUAAAAAAACCUCAGAAAUUAGUCAGAAAGAUCUCAGUGAACUUAAAUCACGGGUUGCCAGCACCUACAAGUUGUUAAUGGACCACCCAGAUAAAUGGAAAGACUACAAGAAAAGAUUUUCUGAAUUGCAAAGCUGGGUAUCAUCAAGGGAGACGGAACUUACAAAGAUUAAUCACAGUGCUUCUGAUACUGCUAAAUAUAAACACUUCAAAGCCUCAAUAGAGGAAAUCAGACAGGAAGCUUGCAAACAAGGAGAAAUUCUUAUCUGGUUGAAAUCUAGGCUUGCUUCACUGACUGAAAUUUCUUCUGAGAAUGAAGCCAGAAAACAAGGAGAUGAGCUUUCUGAACUUUCUAAUAAUUUUAAGAGACUCUUAACCUUGUUGGCAGAGAUUGAGAAGACACUGAGUGCCCUUGGUGACUGUGUCCAGUAUACAGAAGAAGUGAAAGGUCAUUUGGAAGAACUAAUCACAAACACAAAAGAGGCUCAAGUAGAGGCUGAGAAAAUCUUAGAUGUUGAAAACUUAUUACAGGCCCAGCAACUUCUUCACUAUCACCAGAAAACAGCAAAGCAGCUCCAUGCGAAGAGGCAAGAUGUACAGCAGCAAAUUGCUCGAGGGAAGCAGCUACAGACUGAAAGUGGUCUGUCUCCUGCUGUUCAAGAGGAUUUGUGGGAGCUGGGGAAUGCAUUAGAAAAUGUGCAACAAGCUAUGGAUCAACGGGGAGAUCAACUGCAGAUCACAGUAAACACAUGGGAACAGUGUGAAAGAGACAAAGAAAUGAUUGUGAAAUAUCUUAGUCAUGCAAGCUCUGCCCUUGAACGUAUUUUAAGCUUCAGCAGCUUAGAGAGCUUGUCAUCAGAACUAGAAAAGACAAAAGAACUUUCUAAGCAGACAGUAGCCAUGGCCAUAGAAGCUGAGAAUCUUGUCAAGAAGUCUUUUGCAAUACAGCUUGGUGAGAAGAGCAAACAAAUCCUUCAAGAGAAAGCAAAAUCAAUCCAGGAAGAAGUUGAAAAAAUUGAAGCUACUAUUGAAGAAGAUAUUAAAACCAUGGAAAUGGUGAAAAGCAAGUGGAAUCAGUUUGGCAAAAGUUUUGAAGCUUUGUCCAUCUGGAUCACUGAAAAAGAAAAGGAACUGGAUACUUUGGAAACAUCAUCUUCUUCCUUGGAUGAGGAAAUCAACCAAAUUAAGGUUAUUUUUAAAGAAAUAGAUGGCAAAGAAUAUGAGAUCCCACACCUAGAAGAAGAUGCUCAGUCAUUUUCUCAGUAUCUUACUUCUGGAGAAUCAGCACAUAUUAAAGCCAAGUUGACACAGAUCAGAAGAUAUUGGGAAGAACUUCAAGAUCGUGCUCAGCAUCUGGAAAGAACAAUCACAGGAAAAGCAUCAAUCCAGCAAAAAUUUGAGGAAAACUUCACAAAGCUCCAAGAUGACCUGGGCAAAUAUGAAGUCAGACUGACUGCGAUUGAUACUUCAUGCUCUUCAUCAGCAGAGACUUACAAGGUUCUUCAAGAUCUUAUGGAUCUCUGUCAGGUUCUGGAAAAGACGAGCCAAAUGUUGAUCUCUCUGUCGUCUGGUUCUCGUAAGAUCGUGAACAAAGAAAAAGCAGCUCAGGAUGUUUUAAUGCUUCAAAAGAAAUAUGAAAAUAUUAUGAGACAAGCUAAAGACAAACAAGCCUCACUAGAAACUCAUUUAGCACAGUGGCAAAGACUGGAAAAGGAGCUUUCAGCCUUCUUAACCUGGUUAGAGAGGUCUGAAGCAUCAGCAAAACCUUCAGAGCGGCACGUUUCUGCUGACAGAGUUAAACUAGAAACAGAACUACAACAACUACAAAAUUUGAAAGCUGACAUCACAUCACAUGCUUCACUAUAUGCCAGUCUGUUAGAGCUAAAUGAAUCAUUAGUUAAAACAAGUCCAAAUGAAAGUGUGAAAGCUUUUAAAAAAGACUUGGAAGAACUAGACAGAAGAUGGAAAAUCCUACCCCAGAUUGUUAGCAAAAGGAUAAAUUAUCUCCAAUCUGUAGUUGCUGAACAUAAACUGUAUGAUGAGCUACUCCUCAAUUUUUCUGAUUGGAUUAAGCAGUUUCUUGGUAAACUACAUGCCACAUCUGAGAUGAAUACAUGUGACCAGCUGCCUGCUUUGUGUCACAAGGACCAUAAAACAGAAGUUGAAGAAAAAUACGAAGAACUAAAGAGUUUAAAAAGUCAUGCUGAAAAGCUGUGUUCGUUCAGUCGGCCAGAAGAUCACAGUGUAUUCCAGAAUAAAGCGGAAGACUGUGUUCAGCUCUACCACGAAGCAAGGCAAGUAAUUAGCCGUCGGCAAGAAGUGCUGCCCCAUCUCAAGGCCUUCCUAGAGCUUCAUUCAUCUGCAUCAAAUAAGCUUCACCAUCUGAGACAGAUGGUAGAAACCACUGGAAAUAUAGAUAAGACUAAAUCUGAAGUGCUGGAAAAGCUGCUGAGUGAGGUUAUACAAGAUGUCAACAAACUGGAAUCUACAGCAGCCAGCUUAGAUACAUCCCUUACUAAAGCCCAAUAUCAUCUAAAACAUGGAAGCUCUGAGCAAAGGACUUCCUGCAGGAAUAUAGCUGACAGUAUCUGUAUAGAGCUGGAAUCCAUCCAGUCUUUGCUGGGAACAAAGCAGAGUGAAGCAGAGGCUCUUGGAGUUCUCUAUGCCUCCAUCAUGGAGCGGAAAGAGCGCCUUUUAAAAAGCAUUGAAGAUCUUGAAGAAAGGGCUGACAAGGAAGGGCUGAAGGAGCCAAGCCUUCAGGAAAUUCAGCAAAGACUAAAGAUUUUUAAUCAGUUGGACGAUGAACUGAAUUCUCACCAGCAUGAACUGAAAUGGCUGAUGAGCAAAGCAAAGCAAAUUGCUCAGAAAGAUAUAAGCCUUGCUCCUUCAGUGGACAGAGAGAUUAACUGUUUGGAGGCUACCUGGGAGGAUACUAAGAAAGUCAUCCAAGAAAGGCAGGAGCAGUGUUGUGUCCUUGUGGAUCUGAUGAGAGAAUAUCAGAACUUGAAAUUUACAGUAACCAAAGCCAUACAGAUUGCUAGCAAUGUGACAGUGACAAAAGGCAUGCUGAAAGAAUUGGAAGAUGUGAGAUGGGCUUUAUCAAAGCAUGAAGCAGCCAGGAAUGAACUGAAUGACCGACAAACAGAGCUGGAUGCUCUCGGUAAUAAAGGGAAACACCUGAUAGCAGAGCUGAAAAAGAUUCCAAACUGUGACCAUCUCCUGAUAAAAAAUGACAUGGACAGUACUGUGGACAGAUGGCUGGAUGUUUCAGAGAAGAUUGAAGACAGCAUAGAGAAGCUGAGCACUAGUGUGUCACUGUGGGAAGAUGUGCUGGCAGUUGGUGAUGAUACUGAUGGAUGGUGCAAUAACUCUGUCUCACAGAUGCAGGAUAUUCUAAGCAAUGUGGCCAGCUGCCAAGGAAUUGAAGCCUUCCUGGAAGAAUUUCAGUCUCAAAUUAAGGGAAAAGAACACAGUUUAGAGCAAAUCAGUUCAAAAAUAUCUGAACUUCAAGAACUGGUGAAUGCAGAAGAACUUCCCACAAAUCUUCAGUUUUUAGAAAAUGAUUUAAGGAAAAAAGUGACACAUGCCAAAGAAAUGUGUGAGAUAACAAAAGAAACACUGAAAGAUUUCAAUUCUCAGAAGUUGCAGUUACAUAACUUCAUUACAGAGAUGGAAGACUGGCUUACUAAAACAGAAGAAUCACUUCUAAGCUGUGUUCAUAGCCAGGAUCCAUCAAGUCUAAAUACAGUCAAGAAGAUACAAAAGGAGCUUCAGCAACAGCAAAGCAACUUUGAUUCUUCCCAAGAAAUUCUUAAUAGCCUCUGUCGCAAAUAUCCAUCUGCAGAGUUGGAGACUCUGGGGGGCACUGUCACCUCACUGAUGAAGAAAUACGAGGCUGUGAACCAGUUAAGCUUGAAAACACAAGUUUCCAUUCAGGAGUCCCUGGAGAAACACUUUCAACAGACUAUGCAUGGCUUUCAGAAUUGGUAUUCUAAUCUGAAGACUGCUGUAAAAGGAUUAAGUGUUACAUCUGGAAAUCCUAAAGCUACUGAAGCAAAACUCCAUGAACUGCAGAAAGUGUUGGACUCUGUUAAUGAAGGAAGAAGCAAACUGGGGGAUAUCUCCCAGGAAGGAGAACAGCUGUAUGCUUACUUACCCAAAUCUUCUGUUAGUGACAUCCAGGAACAGAUCGCUAAAGCUCAUCAGGAAUUUGAGGGAUUUCUGAAGCAGUGCUUAAAAGAUAAACAAGCCCUGGAAGAAUGUGUUGCAGAGUCAGGAUGCUUUGAGGAGCUAUACAAGAACCGGAGUUUGUGGCUUGAGGAAAUGGAAGAAAAGAGGAAAGAAGGUUUGGGGAACAGAAAACAGCACAUCCCUGAGAAGAAAAAUGAGGUGCAGAAAGUGGAGGCAUUUUUGGAAGAGGUUCUGGUUGCAAGAGAAUCCUUUGAUCAACUUAACCAGAAGGCCCAGGUUUUGAAUGAGAAAGGCUACAGUGCUGGGAGAGAGAUCCGUCUAGCUUCUCAGCACUUUUCUGCUUAUCAGAAUCUAAUCAAGGCAGUAAAGGAAAAGCUGAGGACCUCACAAGUGGCCCUCCAGGAGCACCAGGCUUUGGAAGAAGCUCUGCAGAAUAUGUGGGCCUGGGUGAAAGAUGUGCAAGAAAAAUUGGCAUCUGCAGAGGGCAUAACUGGAAGCAAAGAUACCCUAGAGAAGCGGCUCUUGCAAAUUCAGGAGAUCCUUUUAAUGAAAGGUGAUGGAGAGAUCAAGUUAAACAUGGCUAUUGGAAAAGGUGAACAAGCCAUUAAAAGUAGCAAUAAAGAAGGGCAGAACGUGAUACAGAACCAAUUGCAAACUUUAAAAGAUCUCUGGAGUAGCAUUAUUAGCACUGCCGUGAGUUGCCAGAGCUUGUUGGAAUCUGUGAUUAAUCAGUGGAAUGAUUACCUUGAGAGGAAAAGCCAGCUGGACCAGUGGUUGGAGUCAGUAGACCACAAAGUAGAGCAGCCAUUGGCCCCCCAAAAUGGUCUGAAAGAGAAAUUUUCCCAACUGGACUAUUUCCAAGCGGUUGUUUCUGAAGUGGAGGAGCAUUCUAAAGAUCUGCAUCAGCUCAUGGGGAAAGCCAGAGACCUGCAUUCUAAAACAGAAGAUGAUUCCUUUAGAGAGGACGCUCAAGAAGAGUUGAAAACACAGUUCACUGAUAUUGCAACUGUGGCUAAGGAAAAAAUGAGAAGAGUAGAAGAUAUUGUCAAGGAUCAUUUGCUGUACCUUGAUGCAGUACAUGAAUUUACUGACUGGCUUCACUCAGCAAAGGAGGAGCUUCACCGCUGGUCGGACGCCUCAGGGGAUUCAGCAGCUAUACAGAAAAAACUGGCCAAAAUUAAUGAGUUGAUAGAUUCCAGACAAACUGGUGAGAGCCGCCUGAACAGAGUUCAGGCGCUGGCUCCUGCAGUGAAAAAGAACACAACUGUUAAGGGCUGCAAAGACAUCGACGCGGAAAUGCAGGCCCUUCAGUCCGACUGGAAGCAGUGGGAAGAGAGUGUGUUCCAAACCCAAAAGGGCUUGCAAGACUUGGAGAGUCAGAUGGCCAUGUCUGAGCAAGAGUUUACCACGCAGGCUACUCAGCUGGAAGAGGCCCUGCAGCACUUCGGCACACGCCUUGCAACCUGGUCUGAACGACUGACCCCUCUGGACAGCAAGCACACAGACAAAGAGGUAGUGGAAUGCUGGCACCGAGAAAAGGAGACACUGGAUGACCUAGGGAAGGCAGAACAUAUGACUGAUGAUAUUAAGACUCAGUUAAAUGAUCUUUGUCGAUUUUCCAAGGAUCUGAGUACCUAUUCUGCAAAAGUGUCACAGUUAAUUAAGGAAUACAACAGUCUUUGUCUACAAGCUGCAAAGGGUUGCCAAAGUAAAGAGCAGGCCUUGCAACAGAGAUUCAGAACAGCCUACAGAGACUUCCAGCAAUGGCUAGUUAAUUCAAAGAUCGCUACUGCCAAAUGUUUUGAUGUCCCUCAAAGUGUCAGUGAAGCUGCAGCCAACAUACAGAAAAUACAGGAAUUCUUAACUGAAACGGAAAGUGGCCAGCACAAAUUAAACUUGGUGGUAUCCAAAGGAGAACUAUUAAGUUCUAUUUUACCUAAAGAGAAAGCUAAAUAUAUCAAAGCUAAAAUUGCUUCAGUUAAAGAAGAUUGGAAAAAAUUUAUCUCCACAUUGCACCAAAAGGAAACAGCCCUGGAGAACCUAAAGACCCAGAUGAAAGAUUUUGACAUGAGUGCAGAACCUCUUCAGGACUGGUUAAGUGAAACCCAAAAAAUGGUACAGGACAGCAGUAAUCGCCUGCAUGACCUCCCUGCUAAAAGGCGAGAACAGCAGAAACUGCAGUCUGUCCUUGAGGAAAUAAGGUGCCAUGAGCUUCAGCUCAACAGGCUAAAAGAGAAAGCUCAGCAGCUUUGGGAAGAACAAGCUGCCAGCAAAAAGUUUGUGCACAGAGUCUCUCAGCUAUCUUCUCAGUAUCUUGCUUUGAGCAAUGUAACAAAGGAGAAGGUCUCAAGAAUGGACAGAAUUGUAGCUGAACAUCAACAGUUCUCUCAUGAUCUGAAAGAGCUUCAGGACUGGAUGGCAGAUGCCAUUCAGAUGCUAGAAUCAUACUGCCAUCCCACCGCAGAGAAAAAUGCCCUUGAUAGCAGAAUGGCAAAACUUGAGGGGCUGCUUUCAGUAAAAGAGGAAAAAGAAAUCCAAAUGAAAAUGGUGCUGACAAGAGGAGAAUCUGUCUUGCAAAAUACUUCACUAGAAGGAGCUCCUGUCAUUGAACAGCAGUUAAGAACUCUUAAGGAUUCCUGGGCUUCUCUUUUGUCUGCUUGUAUUCACUGUAAAAGCCAGCUAGAAGGAGCACUUUCUAAGUGGACAAGUUACCAAGAUGAUGUUCGACAGUUCACUGGCUGGAUGGACAAAGUGGAAGCAAUCAUGAAUGCUUCAGAAAGGCAGUGUGCCGAACUGAGGGAAAAGAAUUCCUUUCUCAGCAAAUCUAAGUUACUUAAGGAAGAAGUGUUUAGUCACAAUACACUGUUGGAAACAAUUGAAACUAAAGGUCUGGGCAUGACUGAACAUUAUGUAACUCAGCUUGAACUUCAAGACCUUCAAGAGAGAUACCAGUUUCUCAAAGACAGGAUAAUGGAGACCAUAACUAAAGCUGAAAAAAUGGUGCAUUUGCAUCAAGAAUACCAAAGAAAUUUGAAGGCCUUUGAACUAUGGCUAGAAAAGCAAAAGGAGAAACUCAGCUGUUCAUCACACCUUGAAGGAGAUGCAGAGAGACAUGAAGCAACACUCCGAGAGAUCCAGGAGUUACAGAUAGAAUGUGCUGAGGGACAGACAUUGCUUAAUGCAGCACUCCAUGUCAGGGAAGAAGUAAUCCCAUGGGGUGUACCCCAACUGGAAGACAGGGUAUUGGAGUCCAUACGUCAAGACUGGACAGUCUAUCAACAUAAGCUUUCUGAGAUCAGGACACAAUUAAACACAACUCUAAGCAGGCUGAGGCUGAUGGAGAGCAAAUUUCUGAAGGUGGAUGAGUGGCUUCAAACUCUGGAACAGAAAGUUAAUAUCAGGACUGGACGGCAGUCAGACAGAGCUACAAAAGAGAUGCAGUUACAGCAAAUGAAGAAAUGGCAUGAAGAAAUAACAGUCUACAAAGAAGAAGUAGAGGAAGUUGGUUUGUUGGCCCAGCAAAUCCUGGAAGAAAGCCAUACUUCUAGUAAGAUGGGGAGACAAGCUACUCACCUUGCAUCUCGCUACCAAGCUCUUAUUCUUCAUGUGCUGGAGCAAAUAAAAUUUCUUGAGGAAGAAAUUCGAAGUAUGGAGGAAUCAGACCUUGCUUUCAGUGCUUACAAAGAUUGGUUUGGAGCUGCUCUCAGGAAAUGUGGAAGUGCGGUGACAAAAUCUGAUGUAGUAGAUAAAGCAGCAAUGGAGAAAAAAAUGCAGAAGCUUGAGGAUCUCAUGAAUGACAUGGAUAUUGGCCAUAAUUUGCUGAAAUCUGCCCGUGAGAAAGGAGAGCGAGCUGUUAAGUUCAUGGAAAGAAAUGAAGCUGAACAGUUAAAAAAAGAGAUCAGUGAUUGCGUGGAGCGACUUGAUGAGAUGGCUUGCUCUCUCAGAAAAGAACACACCACCUUAGAGAAGUGUCUGCACUUAGCAAAGGAGUUCUUAGAUAAGUACAAAGUACAGACUCAGUGGCUAUCUGAAUAUCAGAGCAUACUGCAUGCAACUGUGGACCCAAAAAUGGAGUUAUAUGAGAAGAAGGCACAGUUAUCCAAAUAUAAGUCAAUCCAACAGAUUGUGUUGUCACAUGAACCUUCAAUAAAAUCUGUAUCUGAAAAAGGAAAUUCCCUCCUUGAACUAGUGCAUGAUCCCAAUGUAGCAGAAAACAUUCAGAAACUUUGGACUGAAUUUCAGGAGCUCUGCAACACAGCAAAGACCUAUGUUGCAAGCUUGGAGGUGAAAGUAAAGCAGCAUGAAGAGUAUAAUAAUGACUUACAAGAAGUGGAAAAGUGGUUGUUACAAAUGUCCAGCAGGCUGGUUACUCCUGAUCUUAUGGAAAACAGUAAUCUAGAAGUUGUAACACAGCAGUUAGCCAAUCACAAGGCAAUGAUGGAAGAAAUUGUUGGAUUUGAAGAUCGCUUGAACAGUCUUAAAAACAAAGGGGAUUCUUUGAUCAGUGAAUGUGCGGAGCAUCUCCAAGCAAAAUUUAAGCAAAAUACAGAAACGCAGCUGCAGGGAACAAGGGAUAGCUACUCAGCCAUAUGUAGCACAGCUCAGAGAGUGUACCAGAGUUUAGAGCAUGAACUCCAGAAGCAUGUCAACCAUCAAGAUACUCUUCAACAAUGCCAGGUUUGGCUCUCGGCAGUUCGACCUGAGCUGAAGCCGACUCCUCGUCCACCUUUCAGUCUGGCAGAUGCUGUUAAGCAGGUUAAGCAUUACAGAGCGCUGCAAGAACAAGCGAGCACCUAUUUGGAUCUUUUAUGUUCUAUGUGUGAUUUGUCAAACGUCGCAGUGAAAAAUAUAGCCACAGACAUCCAACUAACAAAGCAAACGAUCGAAGAUCGAAUAAUGAACUCUCAGUACCUUGCUCAGGGCUGGGAGGAAAUCAAGCAAAUGAAAGCAGAGCUUUGGAUCUAUUUCCAGGAUGCCGAACAGCAACUGCAGAACAUGAGGAGGCGAGGGGCAGAGCUAGAACUUAACAUCGCUCAGAAUAUGGUUUUGCACGUGAAGGAGUUUAGUCAGAAGUUGCAGUCUAAGCAGCAUGCUUUGACAUCUGUUACUGAAAAGGUCAGCAAACUGACCCAAGGACAGGAGUCACCUGAGCACAAGGAAGUAGGACGCCUGAGCAAUUAUUGGUUGGAUCUUUGCCUUCAAACCAAUAAUGUACUGCUACACAGAGAGGAAGAUCUUCAGAGGACCAAGGAUUAUCAUGAUCGCCUGAAUGUGGUAGAAGUCUUUCUGGAGAAGUUCACCCAUGAAUGGGACCAAUUAGCAAGAUCAGAUGCUGAAAGCACAGCUUCUCAUCUUGAGGCACUGAAAAAACUAGCAUUGGCUCUGCAGGAGAGACGGUUUGCUCUUGAAGAUUUAAAAGACCAGAAGCAGAAGUUGAUAGAACACCUAAAUCUAGAUGACAGAGAACUAGUAAAAGAACAAUCAGGACAUUUUGAACAGCGUUGGAUCCAGCUAGAGGACCUAAUCAAGAGAAAAAUACAACUAUCUCUCACCACAUUAGAGGAACUGAGCAUAGUGCAGGCUAAGCUUCAGGAACUAAUGGAGUGGGCAGAAGAACAGCAGCCUAAUGUCUCUGAAGCUCUGAAACACAGUCCACCCCCUGAGCUUGCUCAAAAUGCCCUCAUGGAUCAUCUCACCAUUUGCAGUGAAGUGGAAGCCAAGCAGCUUGUCUUGAAAACACUCAUAAAGGAUGCAGAUAGGGUGAUGACUAACUUAGGGCUUAAUGAAAGACAGAUGCUCCAGAAAUGCUUAUUAGAUACCCAGAACCAUGUAGAUUGCCUUAGUGAGCUGGUUGGACAAAGGAGAAAACACCUGAACAAGGCAUUGUCUGAAAGAACUCAAUUCUUCAUGGCAGCCUUUCAGGCAAUGAAUCAAAUUCAGCAACAUGAGAAAAAGAUAAUGUUCCAUGAACACAUCUGUCUAUUUCCAGAAGAUGUAAACAAACAGAUAAGGACUUGCAAGAGUGCACAAGCCAGCCUUAAGGCCUACCAGAGUGAAAUCUCUGGACUGUGGUCUCAAGGGCGGGAUCUAAUGAAGGAUGCAACAGAGCAGGAGAAGAGUGAGGUAUUAGAUAAAUUGCAAGAGUUGCAGAACAUGUAUGAUGCUAUUUUAGAAAAAUGUGGUCAGCGCCUAAUAGAAUUGGAAAAACAUAUGGUUUCAAGGAAGUAUUUCAAGGAAGAUUUGGAUAAAGUGUGCCACUGGGUAAAGCAAUCUGAUAUUGUUUCAUUUCCAGAGAUCAAUUUAAUGAACGGUAAUUCUGAACUUUAUACCCAACUAGCAAAAUAUCAUCAGAUUCUUGAGCAGUUCCCUGAAUAUGAAAACCUUUUUCUGAACCUGCAAAGAGAUGGUCAAGAGAUUUUACCAUCACUUAAUGAAAUGGAUUGUUCUUAUCUUGAAGAAAAACUUAGUGCCUUGCCUCAACAAUUUAAUACAAUCACUGCUCUGGCUAAGGACAAAUUUUGUAAAGUGCAAGAAGCAAUUUUGGCCCGUAAAGAAUAUGCCUCCUUAAUUGAAUUGACAACAAAGGCAUUAUCUGAAUUGGAAGAUCAGUUUGUGAGCAUGCAUAAGACUCCUUCUACCCUUUCAGCCAAAGAAGUUUUGUCACUCCAGCAGGAUUACAAAAACAUCCUAACUGAAGUCAUAAACCUUGGUGCUGCCGUCGAUGAAUUAAACCAGAAGAAAGAAGCAUUUCGAAGUACUGGGCAACCGUGGUUACCAGAGGAGAUGUUGCAACUCACCACCCUGUUUCAGAAACUAAAAAGGCAAAUAGAACAGAAAGUGAACCAGCUGGAAGAUAUGAUGGAAGCAUAUGAGGAACAUGAGAACAUGUGUGAGCAACUUGAAAUGCAGCUAAAUUCUAUAAAAGAAGAACAAGCAAAAGUGAAUGAAGAAACUCUUCCGGCAGAAGAAAAGUUAAAAAUGUAUCAUUUCUUAGCUGGCAGUCUGCAAGAUGCUGGAAACCUUCUAAAACACAUCACUGAACACCUUGAGACACUGUCUUCACAGCUUGAUCCAUCCGUGCAUGAAGGAGCAAAUGGUCAGGUACAAACAUGGCAAGAGAUGCUCAAGGCAUUACAUACUGCCAUUGAUGCAAAUAUGACUGAGUGUGAAAACAGGCUGGUACAAAGCAUAGACUUCCAAACAGAAAUCCACCGCUCACUUGACUGGCUGAGACACAUCAAGGAGGAAUUGAAUGACCCUCUGAACAUUGAUUUAAAGCUGAGUAACAUUCAAGAAGAGAUCCGUAAAGUUCAGAUCCAGCAGGAAGAAGUCCAGUCCAGCUUGAGAAUAAUGAGAGCACUGAGCAAUAAGGAAAAGGAGAAGUACUUGAAGGCCAAAGAGUUGAUACCUGGUGACUUAGAAGACAGUCUGGCUGAACUGUCUGAACUUGCUGGUGAAGUCCAAGAAUCAAUGUGCAAAAGGCAGGAAAAACUGAAUGAAUUAUAUCGUUUGUGCCAAAAAUACUACCAAGUUGCUCAAACUACCAGUGAUUGGCUCGAAGAUGCGCAAGAAUUGCUACAGUUAGCACGAAACGGCCUUGAUACAGAAAACUCAGAGGAAAACCUAAAGCACCAUAUAGAAUUUUUCAGCACUGAAAAACAAUUCCAAGUGCAUUUGGAAGAAUUACAGACACUUGUUUCUGAAAUGAAGCCGUUUGUUCAAGCUGCAGGAAAAGAGGAGCUGAUGCAAAACGUGAAGGGUUUAGAAGAGAAGAGCAGGGAAUCACAGCAGGAAGCACAAUCCCAGAAGGAAUUGCUUCAAAGGUGUGCUUCCGAAUGGGAAGAAUAUCAGAUAGCAAGGCAGCAAGUCAUCGAUUUAAUGAAUGAUUCUGAGAAGAAAUUGUCUGAAUUUUCUGUAGCUAAAGCCACUUCCAAACUUGAAGCAGAAGAAAAAUUAAUAGCACAUAAGUCUCUGGUUUCUGUAGUAAGUUCUUUUCAUGAAAAGAUCACAUCACUGGAAGAAAAGGCCUGCCAGCUGGAGAAAAUAGGCAAUGACACAAGCAAGGCAACCAUAAGUAGGUCCAUGACCACGGUCUGGCAGCGGUGGACAAGACUCCGAAGUGUUGCCCAAGAGCAAGAGAGGAUUCUGGAAGAAUCAAUGCAGAAAUGGAAUGCAUUUAAUCAAAAGAUGCAAAAGGCAACAGACACUCUUGAUCACCUGCAAGAUCGCUUACCAGAUAGCUCAGUAGAAAAGGCCUCCAAAAAUGAACUUCUGGAUCUUCUGGAUUAUCACAGUCAUUUUAUUUUGGAGCUGGAGCAGCAACUCUCAUCGUUAGGUCUUCUGAAGCAGCAUGCUUUUAGCAUGCUCCGGGAUAUAGAAGUGUCAUCUGGAAACCAAGAGCAAAUGCCCAUCAUGCAAGAAAUUAAAGCAAUGCAAGACAGAUGCCAUAACAUGCAACAAAAGGUUAAAAGAAGUGCAAAAGUGGUUAAACAAGAACUGAAGGAGCGUGAAGAAGUUGAAAAAGAAAUUAAUAAAGUCAAGUCUUGGAUUCAAGAAGCCAAAGAAUAUUUAUUAAAUCCUACAACAGAAGUAGACAUUCAACUUGAGGAAUUGCAGGCCCUUGUGAAUGAAGCAACUGUUCACCGUCAGGCUAUUGAGAAAAUGGCUGAACAGCAGCAGAAUAAAUAUUUGGGGCUAUAUACCAUUUUGCCUUCAGAGAUUUCUCUUCAGUUAGCAGAAGUGGGAUUAGCACUCGUAAAUAUACAUGAACAGAUUCAAGCCAAAGAGAAAGAAGCUCAGCAGAGCAAGACAUUAAACCAAGAAUUUGGUCAAAAAAUUCAGGAGAUAGCAAAAGAACUUGAUUCAAUUCUAUUGAAACUGAAAGAAAAAACAACUGACAUCACACAAGCUAAAAUGGAUCAAAAGGUUCUGGGUGAGGAACUGGAUGGUUGUAACAUAAAGCUUGUAGAACUGGAUGCAGCUGUCCAGGACUUUGCAGAACAGAAUCCUCAACUGGCAAAGCAACUUACUGGCAGGAUAGGCAAGCUGACAGCACUUCACCACCAGACUAUUAGGCAGGCUGAGUACAGGGCAUCCAAGCUGAAUCAGGCCAUUACACAUUUAGAUGAAUAUACUGAGAUGCUAGAAUUUAUUUUGAAAUGGAUUGAAAAAGCUAAUAUUUUAAUACAUGGCAAUAUCACAUGGAACUCUUCUGCCCAGCUUCGUGAUCAAGUCAAUUCACAUCAGGCCAUGCUUGAAGAAUCUGGGGAAAUUCAUGGGGAUCUUGAAGCUAUGAAUGAAAAGAUAGAUUACCUAGCGAGUGUAUAUUCAACGGAAGGGAUGUCUCAACAAGUGUCAGAACUUGGGCGGCAAACGGAAGAGUUACGGCAAGAGAUCAAAUGUCAGCUACAGAGUGUUCAGGAUGCUGCCAAGGAUAUGAGGAAAUUUGAAACUGAGGUAAAGGCUCUUCAAAUAGCUUUAGAGAAAGCCCAGACGACUUUGACCUCUUCAGAGAUUGGCCGUUUGAGUCUGAAAGAACAACUUUCUCACAGACAGCAUCUGCUUUCUGAAAUGGAGUCAUUGAAGCCAAAGGUUCAUGCUGUGCAAGUUUGUCAGAGUGCUUUACGGAUUCCUGAAGAAGUGGUCACAAGCCUCCCAAUGUGCCACACUGCUCUCAGGCUGCAGGAGGAUGCCAGUCAUCUUCAGCACACAGCUAUCCAGCAAUACAACGUAAUGCAGGAAGCAGUAGUACAAUAUGAACAAUACGAACAAGAGAUGAAGCAUUUACAUCAAUUGAUAGAAAGUGCACAUCGUGAAAUCCAGGACAAGCCCAUCUCAACAAGUAACAUUCAAGAACUGCAAGCCCAGAUUUCACGCCAUGAGGAGCUGGCACAGAAGAUAAAAGGUUACCAGGAACAAAUAGCAUCUCUCAAUUCCAAAUGCAAGAUGCUAACAAUGAAAGCCAAGCAUGCUACUAUGCUGUUGACAGUGACAGAAGUGGAAGGGCUUUCUGAAGGAAUGGAGGAGCUGGAUUCAGAAGAUCUGCUCCCAACCCACUCAGCUCACCCCUCUGUAGUUAUGAUGACUGCUGGUCGCUGUCACACACUUCUGUCACCUGUUACUGAGGAGUCAGGGGAAGAGGGAACCAACAGUGAGAUUUCUUCUCCACCUGCCUGUCGCUCUCCUUCACCUGUGGCUCAUACAGAUGCUUCUGUUAACCAGGACAUUGCUUAUUAUCAAGCCUUAUCUGCUGAACAGUUGCAGACAGAAGCUUCCAAAAUUCAGCCCAGUACAUCAUCAGCUCAGGACUCCUGUGAACCAGGAUUAGAGUCAAGCACUAGUACCAAGCUGGAUGAUUUGCAGCGUUCUUGGGAAACAUUAAAGAAUGUGAUUAGUGAAAAGCAGCGUACCCUGUACGAGGCCCUUGAACGUCAGCAAAAGUACCAAGACUCCCUCCAGUCCAUAUCCACAAAAAUGGAAGCCAUUGAGGUGAAGUUAAAUGAAACACUGGAGACUGACAAGAGUCCAGAGAGCCAGAUGGCAGAACACCAGGCCUUGAUGGAUGAAAUUCUUAUGCUUCAAGAUGAAAUCAGUGAGCUACAAACAUCAUUAGCAGAAGAACUGGUGUCUGAACCACUGGAUACAGAUGCUGCUGAUCAGUUGGCUUUGCAGUCCACGCUCACUGUGUUAGCAGAGAGGAUGGCCACUAUUAAGAUGAAAGCUUCAGGGAAAAGACAGUUGUUAGAGGAAAAACUUAAUGAGCAGCUAGAAGAACAGCGGCAAGAGCAAGCUCUGCAGAGAUACCGCACUGAGGCAGAUGAACUUGAUGACUGGCUCCUAAAUACAAAAGCCACAUUAGACACUACAUUAGUUACUGCUGAAGAACCUAUGGAUAUGGACUCACAACUGGUUGAUUGCCAGAACAUGCUUGUGGAAAUUGAGCAGAAGGUUGUGGCUUUGUCUGAGCUGUCUGUACACAAUGAGAACCUUCUCAUGGAAGGAAAAGCUCAUACCAAGGAUGAGGCUGAACAGUUGGCAGUAAAAUUAAGAACGCUGAAGGGAAGCCUUCUGGAGUUGCAGAGAGUCCUCCAUGACAAGCAGAUCAACAUCCAACAGGGAGCUCUACAAGAAAAAGAAGAAUGUGAAACAGAUCUGGUCACUUCUCAGACUCCCAGUGUCCAGGAAUGGCUGGCACAGGCACGGACGACCCGUUCUCAGCAACAGCAGAACAGCUUACAGAGACAAAAAGAACUAGAGAAAGAGCUAGCAGAGCAAAAAAAUCUACUUCGCUCAGUGGCAAGUCGUGGAGAAGAAAUUCUAACCCAGCAAUCUGCUCCAGAUAAUGUGUAUUCUGGCAAGAAGCCUGAUGUGUUAACACAGGAGCUAAGUUUAGAAGGAGAGAAGCCAUCUGUUGAUGAUCAAAUGAAAAUGAAGUGGGAAAGCCUUCAUCAGGAAUUUAGCAUUAAGCACAAACUUCUACAAAAUGCUGUAGAACAAGAACAGGAGCAGCCAAUCUAUAGUAGAACAAACAGACUUAUGGCUGGCAUGCCGUUGUACAAACAAGAGGGGCAAACUCAAGACAAACCAUCAGUUGCAUCUUUGUUGGUCAAUUUGAAUGAAGCAUUUGAAGAAGUUUCUUCUCAGAGCGGAAGUGCUGAGAAGGAGACUCUGCUCUUAGAGCAAAAAUUGUACAAUGGUGUUUCAGCCACCUCUUCCUGGCUAGAUGGUGUUGAAGAGCGUUUGUUUGUUUCCACAGCACUAUUACCUGAAGUGACAGAAACUUGUCUCUAUAAUCAGGAGGCUCUUGCUAAAGAUAUAAAGGAGAUGGCAGAAAAAAUGGACAAGAACAAGAAUUUGUUUUCUCAUAUGUUUCCUGAGAAUGCUGAUAACAGAGAUGUUAUUGAAGAGACCUUGGAUUGUUUGCUAAAGAGACUAGUGUUACUGGAGACACUAGUGAACCAAAGAUGUGAGCAGAUGAAAGAAAGAUUGCAACACAUACUGAGCUUUCAGGAUAACCUGAAGCUGAUGUUUACAUCAUUAGUGGAUAACAAGUAUAUUGCCCUACAGAAACUAGCGGAAGCCGCUGAACGUCCUGAGACAGAACAAAUGCAGGCUAUUGAACAAGCAGAAGAAGGACUGAAAGAAUUAGAUGCAGGAAUCAGUGAAUUAAAGAAAUGUGGAGAUAAGCUGCAAAUUGAUCAACCCUCCAUGCAAGAGUUAUCUAAGCUUCAAGAUAUGUAUGAUGAGCUGAUAAUGAUCAUCGGAUCACGGCGUAGUGGAUUGAAUCAAAAUCUGGCACUUAAAGGUCAAUAUGAGCAAGCUCUUCAGGAUCUGGCUGAUUUGAUUGAAACUGGCAAAGAAAAGAUGGCAGUUGAUCAGAAGAUGAUUGUUUCCUCCAAAGAGGAAGUCCGAAUGCUUCUUGAAAAGCAUAAGGAAUAUUUCCAGGGUCUAGAGUCACACAUGAUCCUGACAGAAACACUUUACAGGAAGAUAAAUAGUUUCACCCUUGCGAGGGAAACUCAGUUCCAUGUAGAACUGAUGGCGCAUGCCUCGGCUGUGUUGAAACAAGCUCAUAAGAGAGGAGUGGAGCUGGAAUAUAUUCUGGAGACAUGGACUCAUCUGGAAAAGGAUUAUCAGGAACUCAUACGGCAGCUAGAGACAAUUGAAACUAGCAUGCCUAGUGUUGGUUUGGUAGAGGAGUCUGAGGAGAGGCUUACCGAUCGAAUUGCACUUUAUCAGCAUCUGAAGUCUAGCCUUACAGAACACCAACCAAAACUCUACCAACUAUUGGAGGAUGGAAAAAGAUUACUGUUUUCAGUUACCUGUUUGGAACUGGAAACUCAGCUAAACCAGGUGGGGGAGCAUUGGCUAAACAAUACCAGCAAAGUAGCCAAGGAACUGCACAGACUGGAAACUAUUCUUAAACAUUGGACAAGAUAUCAAACUGAGUCUGCUGAACUGAUGCAUUGGCUCCAGUCAGCAAUGGAUCGUCUGGAGUUCUGGACUCAGCAAUCAGUUACAGUCCCUCAAGAACUGGAAAUGGUCCGAGAUCACUUAAAUGCCUUUCUAGAAUUUUCAAAAGAGAUUGAUGCCAAAUCAUCACAGAAGUCCAUUGUCCUGAGCACUGGAAAUCAGCUACUCCGACUAAAGAAGGUAGAUGUUGCAUCUUUACGGGCAGGACUGUCACAGAUUGACAACCAGUGGACAGAGCUCCUCACACGGAUUCCUGUGGUGCAAGAAAAACUGCAUCAGCUGCAAAUGGACAAGCUUCCUUCUCGCCAUGCUAUCAUGGAAGUGAUGAGCUGGAUUUCACUGAUGGAAACCAUCAUUGCAGAGGAUGAGGAAAGCAUUAAAAAUGUAGUGGGACACAAAACUAUUCAAGAUUAUCUUCAGAGAUAUAAGGGUUUUAAGAUAGAUGUGAAUUGCAAACAGUUAACAGUGGAUUUUGUUAACCAAUCAGUAUUACAAAUCAGCAGUCAAGAUGUGGAGAGUAAACGUAGUGACAAGACUGAUUUUGCAGAACAGCUUGGAGUGAUGAACAGGCGUUGGCAGGUCCUUCAGGGACUGAUAACAGAAAAGAUUCAGAUGUUGGAAGGUUUUCUGGAAUCCUGGACAGAAUAUGAAAAUAACAUUCAGUGUCUGAAAAGUUGGUUUGAAACUCAGGAGAGAAGACUGAAGGAACAACAGAGAAUUGGAGACCAGGCCUCUGUUCAAAGUGCCUUGAAGGAAUGCCAGGAACUUGAGGAUCAAUUAAAAGUAAAGGAGAAGGAAGUUGAAAAAGUAGAACAGAUAGGACUUUCCUUAAUACAGAAUAAAAAGGAAGAAGUCUGUGUUGCUGUCAUGGAUACACUUCAAAAACUUAACCAUUCUUGGGCAAAUUUGGAUCACAGGGUUGGCCAGCUGAAAAUAUUAUUGCAGUCUGUCUUUGAUCAGUGGAGCAUUUACAAAGCAGCUUAUGAAGAACUGAAUAGCUACCUGAUGGAAGCCAGAUAUUCUCUGUCUCGCUUUCAUCUCCUUACAGGUUCUUUGGAAGCAGUGAAAGUCCAAGUAGAUAAUUUGCAGAACUUGCAGGAUGAACUGGAAAAACAAGACCAUAGCCUACAGAAAUUUGGAUCCGUGACUAACCAGUUAUUGAAAGUGUGUCACCCACCUGUCGUGGAAGGACUUAACAGUACUUUAAAAGAAAUGAACCUGAGGUGGAACAACCUUCUAGAAGAGAUUGCAGAGCAUUUACACUCUAGCAAAGGUCUUCUCCAACUCUGGCAGAAGUACAAAAGCUAUUACACCCAGUGUUGUUCCACAGUUCAGCAGUAUGAGGAUCGAACAAAUGAAUUUUUGAAGGCUGCAACUAACAAGGACAUUACUGAUGAUGAGGUCACUGCUUGGAUUCAUGAUUGCAAUGAUCUUCUCAAAGGAAUGAAGACUGUUCAAGACUCUCUAUUUGUUCUGCAUGAACUGGGAGAACAGCUGAAACAACAGGUGGAUACUUCUGCAGCUGCAGCUAUCCAGUCUGGUCAGCUGUCUCUUAACCAGACCUUAUCUUCUUUAGAACAGGCUCUCAGCAGGCAGCAGUCUGUAUUACAGGCUGGAGUUCAAGAUUACCAGAUAUUUACUAAGAGCCUAGCAGGGCUGGAGGACUGGAUAACUGAAUCUGAAGAAGUACUCAAAGCACAAGACCCAAGUCAUUCAUCUGACCUCUCCAUAAUCCGGAAUAGAAUGGAAGAACUUAAACGCCAGAUGUUGAAAUUCAGCAGCAUGGCACCAGAUUUGGAUCGCCUGAAUGAGCUGGGAUAUAGACUACCUCUGAAUGACAAAGAGAUCAAAAGGAUGCAAAAUCUCAAUAGGUGUUGGUCCAUUAUCUCUUCACAAACCACAGAAAGAUUCAGUAAGCUACAGUCGUUCAUGUUGCAGCAACAGACCUUUCUAGAAAAAUGUGAGACUUGGAUGGAGUUCUUAGUACAAACUGAGCAGAAACUGGCUGCAGAGAUUUCAGGAAACUACCAGCUUCUUUUGGAACAGCAGAGGGCACAUGAGCUGUUCCAAGCAGAGAUGUUUAGUCGCCAGCAGAUCUUACAUUCUAUCAUCAUGGAUGGGCAGCAUCUUCUUGAGCAAGGACAGGUGGAUGACAGGGAUGAGUUUAAUCUGAAACUGGCUCUCCUCAGUAACCAGUGGCAAGGGGUGAUUCGUAGAGCCCAGCAGAGGAGGGGUAUCAUUGACAGUCAGAUUCGCCAGUGGCAACGCUACAGAGAGAUGGCAGAGAAGCUGCGGAAGUGGCUGGUGGAAGUGUCCUGCCAGUCAGCAAGCAGGCUGGGAAGGGUUCCUAUCCCACUUCAGCAAGCUAGGGCCCUGCUGGAUGAAAUGCAGAUUAAAGAGAAGGUUCUCCUUCGCCAGCAAGGAAGCUACAUUUUAACAGUGGAAGGUGGGAAACAGCUGUUACUCUGUGCUGAUGGUGAGACAGAAGCAGAACUACAAGCAGAGCUUUCUGAAAUCCAGGAGCGCUGGAAACUAACCAGCCUCAGGCUUGAGGAACAGAAGAAGCAGCUUGUGUUCUUGCUAAAGGACUGGGAAAAAUGUGAAAAAGGUAUAUCAGACUCUCUGGAAAAACUAAAAUCCUUCAAGAAAAAACUCUCUCAACCAUUGCCAGACCAUCAUGAUGAACUACACACAGAACAAAUGCGUUGCAAGGAGCUAGAGAGCACUGCUGAGGUAUGGACAGAUGAUCUGGCCCACCUGACUUUGCUGAAGGAGACUCUGUCUGCUUAUAUAAGUGCAGAUGACAUCUCAGUCCUUAGUGAGCGCAUCGAGCUCCUGCAGAGACAAUGGGAAGAGCUGUGCCACCAGGUUUCUUUGAGGAGGCAGCAGGUGAGUGAGAGACUAAAUGAGUGGGCAGUCUUCAGUGAGAAGAACAAGGAACUCUGUGAAUGGUUGACGCAAAUGGAGAGUAAGGUUUCCCAGAAUGGAGAGAUCCUUAUUGAAGAAAUGAUAGAGAAACUUAAAAAGGAUUAUCAGGAUGAAAUUGCAGUGGCCCAAGAGAAUAAGACACAGCUCCAGCAAAUGGGAGAACGACUUGCUAAAGCAAGCCAUGAAAGCAAAGCUCUGGAGAUUGAGUAUAAGCUUGGCAAAGUCAAUGACAGAUGGCAGCAUCUCCUAGAUCUCAUUGCAGCCAGGAUGAAGAAGCUGAAGGAGACCCUGGUGGCAGUCCAGCAACUGGACAAGAACAUGAGCAUCUUAAGAUCUUGGCUUGCUCACAUUGAGUCAGAGUUGUCCAAACCCAUUGUCUAUGAAACAUGUGACUCCGAGGAGAUUCAGAGGAAGCUAAAUGAGCAGCAGGAGCUGCAAAGAGACAUAGAAAAGCACAGCACUGGCGUUGCGUCUGUCCUCAACCUUUGUGAGGUUCUUCUUCAUGACUGCGAUGCUUGUGCCACUGAGACAGAAUGUGAUUCCAUCCAGCAGGCCACACGGAACCUUGACCGGAGGUGGCGGAACAUCUGUGCUAUGUCAAUGGAAAGGCGACUCAAAAUUGAAGAGACAUGGCGUUUGUGGCAAAAGUUCUUGGAUGAUUACUCUCGGUUUGAAGACUGGUUGAACGUUUCUGAAAGGACUGCUGCUUUUCCUAGUUCUUCUGGUGUACUGUAUACAGUUGCUAAAGAAGAACUGAAGAAAUUUGAGGCUUUUCAGCGACAAGUGCAUGAAAGUCUGACUCAACUGGAACUGAUUAACAAGCAGUAUCGCCGCUUGGCCCGAGAGAACCGCACUGACUCUGCUGGCAGCCUUAAACAGAUGGUCCACGAAGGAAAUCAGAGAUGGGAUGACUUGCAAAAGCGAGUGACGUCCAUUCUACGCAGGCUUAAACAUUUCAUUGGCCAGCGUGAAGAGUUUGAAACAGCCCGUGACAACAUUCUGGUCUGGCUAACAGAGAUGGACCUACAGUUGACUAACAUUGAACACUUCUCAGAGUGUGAUGUUCAAGCAAAGAUAAAGCAACUCAAGGCCUUUCAGCAGGAGAUUUCACUGAACAACAACAAAAUUGAGCAGAUAAUUGCCCAGGGUGAGCAGCUGAUAGAAAAGAGUGAACCUCUGGAUGCAUCUGUCAUUGAAGAAGAGCUUGAUGAGCUUCGACGAUACUGCCAGGAGGUCUUUGGCCGAGUGGAACGGUAUCACAAAAAACUGAUCCGCCUCCCACUCACAGACGAUGAACAUGACCUGUCCGAUCGGGAAGUGGAGCUGGACGAAUCAGCAGAUCUUUCAGACAUACAUUGGCAUGACAAAUCUGCAGACAGUGUUCUCUCUCCGCAUCCUUCCUCUAAUCUCUCCCUAUCCCUUCCCCAGCCUCUCCGAAGUGAAAGGUCAGGGAGGGACACUCCUGCUAGCGUAGAUUCCAUCCCCUUGGAAUGGGAUCAUGACUAUGACUUGAGCCGUGAUCUGGAGACAGCCGUUUCAAGAGCUCUGCAUUCUGAAGAAGAAGGGCAGGAAGACAAAGAUUUUUAUCUCAGAGGAGCAGCAAGUCUGACAGAUAUAGUGAUCCCUGAGAGCCCUGAGGCCUAUGUAAAAGUUACUGCAAAUGUUCUUAGAAAUACUUAUGGAGAACCAAGUUCUUUGGAGACACACAUUCGCCAACUUGACAAGGCUUUAGACACCAGUCGUUUCCAAAUACAGCAAACAGAAAACAUCAUCCGCAGUAAGACACCAACAGGUCCUGAACUAGAUUCCAGCUACAAAGGAUACAUGAAGCUUCUGGGCGAGUGCAGUGGGAGUAUAGAUUCAGUAAGGCGGCUUGAGCGCAAAUUGAAAGAAGAAGAGGAAAAACUGUCUGGAUUUAUUAACCUGAACAGUACAGAGACACAGACAGCUGGUGUGAUUGAUCGAUGGGAGUUAAUCCAGGCCCAGGCAUUAAGCAAAGAAUUGAGGAUGAAGCAGAAUCUUCAGCAGUGGCAGCAGUUCAGCUCGGAUCUAAACAAUGUCUGGGUUUGGCUGGGAGAAGCUGAAGAGGAGUUGGAACAACUGCGUUGUCUUGAUCUCAGCACAGACAUACAAGCCAUUGAGCUCCGGAUUAAAAAACUAAAAGAACUGCAGAAAGCUGUUGAUAACCGCAAAGCCAUCAUUUUGUCCAUCAACCUGUGCAGUUCAGAAUUUAUGCAAUCUGACAGCGAGGAGAACAAGACACUGCAGGAACGACUCUCACAAAUGAACAUGCGCUGGGACCAUGUCUGUACUCUUCUGGAAGAAUGGCGUGGCUCACUACAGAAUGCUUUGAUGCAGUGUCAGGACUUCCAUGAGAUGAGCCACGGUUUGUUGUUGUGGCUAGAGAACAUUGACAGGAGGAAAAAUGAGAUUGUUCCAAUCAGCCCAAAUCUGGAUUCUGAUACACUGCAGGAUCAUCAUAGACUGCUAAUGCAAAUACGACGUGAACUGCUAGAAUCUCAGCUGAAAGUGGCAUCUCUUCAAGACAUGUCCUGCCAACUGCUAGUCAAUGCUGAAGGCAAGGAUUGUCUAGAAGCCAAAGAGAAGGUCCAUGUCAUUGGAAACAGACUCAAGAUGCUCCUGAAAGAGGUCACACGUCAUAUUAAGGAGUUAGAGAAAAUCCUAGAUAUCUCAAACAGUCAACUGGAUUUGUCCUCCUGGUCUUCAGCUGAUGAGCUGGACACUUCAGGAUCUCUCAGUCCUGUAUCUGGAAGGAGUACUCCAAGCAGGCAGAGAACGCCACGAGGCAAAUGUAGUAUCUCACAGCCUGGACCCUCUGUCAGCAGUCCACAUUGCAGGUCCACAAGAGGUGGCUCCGAUUCCUCCCAUUCUGAGGGUCAGUCAGCACUGCAGCGGCGGCAACAGUCCUUCUUCCUCAGGGUCCUCCGAGCUGCUCUCCCACUUCAGCUUCUCUUGCUGUUCUUGAUUGGUCUCGCUUGCCUGGUGCCGAUGACAGAGGAAGACUACAGCUGCACCCUCUCCAAUAACUUUGCCCGCUCCUUUCACCCCAUGUUAAGAUAUACUAAUGGCCCACCACCUUUAUGAGUCAGCUGAGAAAAAUGUCAGGGAAGUAGGGCUUCAAAGGCAAGUACCUCCAGUGCUUACGUGUGGCCUCUGUGCCCAGGUAGGUGAGCAUACUUGGGCACUGUUAAAAAUUUGCCAGUACCAAAAUGAAUCACACAUGGUGUGAGUAACAUCUUUGGAAACUCACAUCUCUGGCACUGGAAAGACUAUCAAAUAAAAAAUGGCCUCCACCAAUGUUCUGGAUUUUGCUGGCCGCUUUUAUAAUGUGGACCAGUGCCCAUCACUAUGCAGAACCAAGGACUUCAGUCUGAAGAAGGACCGUUCCGGUGUGCUGAUCAUGUCAACCUAUUAUUCAGACUUUUCUUAUCUACACUAUUGGUAUUUUACAAAACACAGAUAUUUAAAAAUCAAACUGUACUAAGGAAAUUUUAGAGAUGAUUGUAACAUAAACAUUUUAAAGAGCUUGUAAUGCAUUGUAUUAUUUCCCCAAUUUUUUCAUGGGGUUUUUGGGUGGGGCAUGAUGUUCUAGCCUUGGCUUUGGAUGCACAGGCUGUAAAUCUGAAUGGCACUUUUUAUAGUUUAAAAAUGGAUGUAAUAAAUGAAAUCCUGGAAGGCUUUAUGAACAGGCCAUGAAUGUUAAAUAUUAAAAGAAAAAACAUAUUUAUGUAUGUACAGUUUGCUAAAA